AUGCUGCCCAUGCAGCCGCAGAUCAUCCUCCUGAAGGAGGGCACCGACCAGUCCCAGGGUCGCGGCCAGCUCAUUUCCAACAUCAACGCCUGCCAGGCCAUCACCGACACCAUUCGCACCACCCUCGGCCCGCGCGGCAUGGACAAGCUCAUGGUCGACUCUCGUGGCACCGUCACCAUCACCAACGAUGGUGCCACCAUCAUGGGCCUCCUGGACAUUGUUCACCCCGCCGCCCGCACCCUGGUCGACAUCGCCCGGUCCCAGGAUGCCGAGGUCGGUGACGGCACCACCUCCGUGGUCCUGGUGGCUGGCGAGCUCCUCCGCGAGGCCAAGCCCUACGUCGAGGAGAAUGUCCCCGCCCAGACCAUCAUCCGCGGUGCGCACCCCCCUUUUUGUGGGCGGGACUUCUUCAAGAAGAUGGUCGUCGACGCCAUCCUCAUGCUGGACUCGGACCUGGACAACUCCAUGAUCGGCAUGAAGCGCAUCCCCGGCGGGUCGCUGCAGGACACCCAGCUGAUCGCCGGUGUGGCCUUCAAGAAGGCCUUCUCCUAUGCCGGCUUCGAGCAGCAGCCCAAGCGCUUCGAGAACCCCAAGAUCCUGUGCCUGAACGUGGAGCUGGAGCUCAAGGCCGAGCGCGACAAUGCCGACAUCCGCAUCGACAAGGUGGAGGAGUACCAGAAGAUCGUCGACGCCGAGUGGAAGAUCAUCUACGACAAGCUGGAGAAGAUCGUCGAGUCCGGCGCCCAGGUGGUCCUGUCCAAGCUGCCGAUCGGUGACCUGGCCACGCAGUUCUUCGCCGACCGCAACAUCUUCUGCGCCGGGCGCAUCCCGGAGGAGGACCUCCAGCGCACCAUCUCCGCGGUUGGCGGUGCCCUGCAGUCCUCGGUCAGCGACCUCAAGCCGGAGUUCCUCGGCACCUGUGCCCUGUUCGAGGAGAGCCAGGUCGGUGGCGAGCGCUACAACAUCUUCACCGGCUGCCCCAAGGCCAAGUCCUGCACCUUCCUGCUGCGCGGUGGUGCCGACCAGUUCAUCGAGGAGGUCCAGCGCUCGCUGCACGACUCGCUCAUGAUCGUCAAGCGCACCCUCCAGAACCAGGAGCUUGUGGCCGGUGGCGGUGCCACCGAGAUGACCGUCUCCCGCUUCCUUCGCGACCACUCGCGCUCCAUCGCCGGCAAGCAGCAGCUCCUGAUCGCCGCUUACGCCCGCGCCCUGGAGAUCAUCCCCCGCCAGCUGUGCGACAAUGCCGGCUUCGACUCGACCGACGUCCUGAACCAGCUGCGCCAGCUCCACGGCCAGAAGGACUGCUGGUUCGGUGUGGACAUCAACAACGAGGGUGUCGCCGACAUGUUCGAGAGCUUCGUCUGGGAGCCGUCCCUGGUCAAGAUCAACUACCUGCGCGCCGCCACCGAGGCUGCCUGCCUGGUCCUGUCCAUUGACGAGACCAUCCGCGCCCCGGGCGCCGGCAAGGGCGGCCCUGGCCCCAUGGCUGGCAUGAUGUAA